GCAGCAGUCUUAUCGAAUGGGGUCGCUCGGUCAUUUGUCCAAUUUUAUAGUUGCAGUCUGCAACUUAUUUUUCAGAAUUGUACAAUAUGGGGGACUUGCAAACAACUUGCGACAAAGUGGUGUUGCGUGACGUGAGUGCCCAAUACUUUUACCCCGUCCUUCGUCACCCGAAUUCAGUUUUGCCAAGAUGAAAUUUAUUCAGAACUUGAAUGUCAUCGGGCCGAACAUCAUGUUGAUACUUUUCGUGCUUUUCGUUGACAUUGUGUCCGUCCAUUGUCACAUCUACGACGAAGCUAGUUCCGUUUCCCUCAUCAACCGAAUCGAUCGUUACCACCGGAGUACGGGGGACGAGUUUGACGACCAUGGACACACGGGCCACGACGACGAAGAUUUGAUUGGCACUUCCCGCUACACGAACGAAUGGGUAGUUAAAAUAACUGGAGGCGCCAAGUCCGCUGCCAAAUUGGCAGAAGAAAUGGGUUUCGAAAUCCAUGGAAUGGUCCAGAGUUUCCCCGACUUGUACCGAUUGCACAAAUCAGAUCACCCGAGACGGGGACGGGCACAGUCAUCCCAUGUGUCCCGACAGCUGGCGGAUGACGUGCGCGUCAUGUGGGCCGAGCAGCAAUACGCAAAGAGGAGGCAGAAACGCGGUUACAUUCCCGAUGAUCGUCUUUUUGAAACGGCUGAGGAAUCGGUGACAAAUGAAGAAGAUCGACCACUCGUUCGCGUCAAACGGGAAUCCGACGAAAAUGCAGAUGAGCCCCACAUUCGACAAAAGCGAUCCGACAUGGAAGCGCCAUCAAAGUCCAGUCAUCGAUUUAAUGAUGAACUUUGGGAUCAUCAGUGGUAUAUGCACGAUACCCGAACUAAUGCCGCUCUACCCAGGCUGGAUCUCAACAUUUUGCCUGUUUACGAUAUGGGUUACACCGGUCGCGGAGUCACGGUUGUUGUACUGGACGACGGCCUAGAGGGCACCCACACUGACAUCCGCAAUAAUUACAAUUCCAAAGUAAGCUUCGACAUGAAUGACGACGAUCCGGAUCCUAGUCCGCGUUACGGCCGAGGCUAUUUCAAUAGCCACGGGACGAGAUGUGCCGGUGAAAUUGCCAUGGAGGCCAAUAACGCCAAAUGCGGUGUGGGAGUAGCUUUUAACGUCAGCAUCGGCGGCGUUCGCAUGUUGGACGGCCCAGUCAGCGACCGAGUCGAGGCUUCGUCGCUCAUUUACGCACUGGAAAUGGUCGACAUUUAUAGCGCCUCGUGGGGUCCCAGCGAUGACGGCAAAACGGUCGAAGGACCGGGAAAACUCGUCCGUCAAGCUUUCUACCGCGGAGUGAAAGAAGGUAGGAAAGGUAAAGGGGCGAUUUACAUUUGGGCUUCCGGAAACGGCGGUCGAGUCAAAGAUAAUUGCAACUGCGACGGAUAUGUUUCGUCCAUUUACACGUUAUCCAUUGGAAGUGUAUCGGAGCAAGGCGACUUCCCGUGGUACGGAGAACAAUGCGCCUCUACCAUGGCAGUCACAUACUCGAGCGGCGCUUACACCGACCAGAAAAUCGCUACCGUCGAUCUGAACGACACGUGCACGAUGGAUCACACAGGAACGUCGGCAGCAGCGCCAUUGGCGUCCGGAAUCGUGGCGUUAGCCUUGGAGGCCAAUUCAAAUUUAACGUGGAGAGAUGUCCAGCAUUUGGUUCCAUGGACGAGUGAGUACGGGCCGUUAAAGGAUAAUAUUGACUGGCAAGAGAAUUCGGCCGGUUUUCGUGUAAACCCCCGCUUCGGAUUUGGGUUGAUGAACGCAGCCAAAUACGUCAGGGCGGCCAUCAACUGGAGCACUGUUCCAGAAAAAUCGAUUUGCGUUACUCCUUCGUUCAACGGGAAUUUGCCCGUGCUGUUUACCAACAAAGAAUGGGGUACCGUCGAAUUCGAGAGCGACGGGUGUUCCGGCACGCUAGACGAGGUUAAUUACCUUGAACAUGUGGAAGUGAUUGUCAGCAUCGAGUAUCCAGUUCGAGGUCAACUGGAAAUCGAUCUAAUCUCACCUUCAGGCACUUCGACGCAAUUGGUGAAGCAGCGCCCCAAGGAUAAAUCAAAACAGGGCUACGUCAAUUGGCCCUUCAUGUCUGUGCACACCUGGGGAGAGAUGUCAAAAGGUCGCUGGAAAUUGAUCGUGACCGACCUGUCGAGCCAGAAUUCGAGCCUAUUGUCAGGACGCAUCGUUAACGCCACGUUAGUCCUGCACGGCACUUCCGCUAUGCCGGAAUACCGGAAGAAUGGCGCCAGGAUUUAUGACGAUGCAUUCAACCGGCUUUCUUCCCGCUCGCACGAAAAAGCAACAAUGAGUGGCAGCAACCAGCUGGACGAUAGCGACGAGGCCGUCGACAUUAACCAACUUCGCUCCGAAAACCCCAACUUUUCGUGGAAGGAUUUGAUUGGAUUAAAGUUAACUCGCCAUUCGUAUUCGGACGAAGAAAAUUGAGGCAAAUUUCAUUUGAAAUAAUUUUUUGUUUUGUUUUGUUUUUAUUUCUUAUAUUCUAAUCAACAUUUUGCGUCAUUAACAACAUCAACUAUAGACCGGAUAAGGGUGGGGCACGGACGACGACAUGAUUGGACAGGCCCGGUUUUUCCCAUUCUAUAUUUUGUUUUGUAGUUUUCAAAUUUUUAUUUACUGGUUCUCUCCUCCAAACAAAACAACCGAUAAAAAUAAAAGUGGUUUACAUUGAAUAGGUUCACGUUCGAAAAAAUGUGUGUGACCCGUAAAAAAUAAAGGGAAAAUUGACGAGGGGGAAACCAACACAACAGGUAUAUACCGCAGACACGCCCUAAUAAUACAUUCUCCGUGUUUUUGAUAUGUUACGAAUUACGUUAUGUCGUUUUUAAAAACUAUUUCUUUUCCCAUCAGUUUACUUUUUAGGGGGCCCUGUCAUUCCGUGUGUGUGUGUGUGUUUUGUGUUGUCGUCUAAUGAUGAAUAUCAAUAAAAAAUAUAGCACUCA